AUGGAUGAGUUUCAGUAUUUGUUAACUACACCACUUGUAUCAAUUUUCAUAGCCUUGUUAUCGUUCUCAUUUGCAUGGCGGUGGCUUACGUCAUCAUCGACUAGAAAGACAAAAAAAUCACCACCGUCGCCACCAACUCUCCCCAUCAUCGGAAACCUCCACCAGCUAGGGCAACUGCCCCACCGUUCUCUCUGGAAUUUAUCGAAAAAAUACGGCCCACUCAUGCUCCUCCACUUGGGCUCGAAACCGACGCUCGUCGUUUCGUCCGCAGACGUAGCCAAACAAAUCCUUAAAACCCACGACCUCGCAUUCUCCGACAAGCCUGCCCUAACCUCCCUCAAGAAAAUAUUCUACGACUUAAACGACGUGCUUACGUUACCGUACGGGGAUCAAUGGAGGAAGCUGAGGAGUGUUUGGAUUAAUUCUUUGAACGGCUACAAUGCCGCACUAGACAAUGGCGUUAGGGUACGGGAUGAAGUCAUGGAUGCGAUUAUCGACGAGCAUCUGAACAAAGUCCCGACGGCCGCGCAGUCGGAGACGAAUAGUUCGACUGCGUCGUCUCGACAUAGUUUUGUGGAUAAUAUGUUGAGUAUAUACAAGGGGAAUAGUCCUGGUGUCUCCAUUGACCUCGUUUCUGUCAAAGCUCUAACGUUGGAUGUUUUCACAGCCGCUACGGAAACUUCAACGACUGCGUUGGUAUGGAUAAUGACGGAGCUUAUAAAGCACCCCAAAGUUAUGAAGAAACUGCAAGACGAAGUAAGACACGUUACGAAAGUCGAAAGGGAACGCGUAAACCUAAUGGGAUACGAAAUUCAACCGGAUACAAUGGUCCUGAUUAACGCGUGGGCUAUCGGGCGGGACCCGUCUUAUUGGGACGAGCCCGAAAAGUACAUGCCCGAAAGAUUCUUGAACUCUUCUGUGGAUUUUAAGGGCUUCGAUUUUCAGUUCACCCCGUUUGGAGCUGGACGAAGAAUAUGUCCUGGAAUUGGAUUUGCGGAAGCUUCGAUUAAGUACACGAUAGCAAAUCUCGUGCAUAAGUUCGAUUGGGCGUUGCCCGAUGGAGCGAAAGGAGAAGAAAUUGAUGUGAGUGAAAAACCUGGAAUUACUAUUGGGAAGAAAUAUCCUCUUAUUGUUGUUCCAACUCUUAGUUUGAGUGAUGCAUAA